AGCUAUGCCAAUGAGAUUGAGUACAUAACGCAAGCGAUAUGUUUUAAUUAUGCGUAGUCUUCUCAAUCGUGGUUUUAAAUCGCCGAGCGCUCAGAUGGGUUGAGCUGUUUUAACCUUAGAGGUACUUGAUAAUGAGCGGACACUUCAAUCUACGUGCUGCGCUGCUGAUAAAUACUUUGGGAUGCGGCCUUGAAGUUUUAGCAUGUGCUGGUUUUACUUAUAUUCCUCCUCUUUUGCGAAAAAGUGGGCAUUCCGAAACCACUAUGGCUCUGACCAUGGGCCUAGGGCCACUGUUAGGCUUUCUUUUCGUUCCCUACAUAGGCGAAGCAAGUGACAAUCUGAAGUCGAGAUAUGGCCGUCGGAAACCGUUCAUUCUGUUCCUAUCAAUCGGUGCUGCUGCUUCAUUCAUAAUCAUGCCUUAUAUCUUAACUCUUUUAUCAGGGUCGAGCGAAGUUUCCCCCAAAGGCUUUGAUGACGAAAAAGAAUUAUUUUCAAUCAUUAGCAAAGGAGGGGGCACUGAAAAUUCGGUAGCAAUAUUCGUUACGAUUACAUGCCUUGUUGUACUGUUUGACUUCUGUUCGCAAGUUGCAUUAACUCCAUUUGAGGCGUUGCUAGCGGAUAUGGGCAAACCUCUGGGUACGACAGGAAGUGACAAACUCUACCAAGUCUACUCCUUCAUGAUUGGGGUUGGGGGCGUAAUCGGGUAUCUCAUCACUUCCUUGGACUGGAAAAAGAGGGCGAAUUUCUUGUCAUUCUUUGGGGCAGUAACUCAAGAAGAGCGAGUUUUCUUUGUAGUGUUCAUCCUUUUUGUGAUGUCACUGUUCUUCGCAUUACGGUACUCAAAAGACGGGCUGCAAGCAGGUCGAAGGGUCAAAUUAGACACAAAAAAUGACGCACUCAUCAUCCAGAAAGGCGAAGCGAAAGGAAUUCCGACAUUUAUCAGUCGUGGUGUCUACUACCUGUGCCCCACUGGUCUUUUGAGACUCCUGCAGUUGCCAAAGUGUUUCACCCGGUUGUGUGUAUUCCAGUUCUUCGCCUGGACUAGUCUUAUGAGUUACAAUCUGUUCUUCACUGACUUUGUUGGCGAAGCGGUGUUUGAUGGCGAUCCGACUUUAGAAGCCGGUCCUCUCAAAAAUGAACUCUACGACGAAGGAGUGAAUGUUGGCUCAAUGGGUCUGCUGGCUCACUGUGUAACGUGCAGUGCGUUUCCUCUCCUCCACCGAACUCUACUAAGAGACUGGUCGGUAAAAUUAGUCCUCGUCUCCACUCUUCUAGCAUCAACUGUGGCUGCUCUUUGUAUGGUCCUAUGGCCUUCGCCUGUCACUAUGGUCAUCAUGUCCCUAUUCCCUGGAUUUCUGAUGGGAGCACUCUUGUCUAUUCCAUUCCAUCUGCUUACAAAGUAUCACGACAGGGAAGAGGUGUUCAUGUGGGACUCUGUUCAUCCUCGUGGAGUGGGAACAGAUGUGGCCAUCCUCGACUCCAUGUACUUCUUAGCCGAGUUCUCACUAUCAGUAUUCGACUCUGUCUUCGUAUUCUUAGUCGGCUCAACUUACGCUUACAUGUACGCUACAAUAGUAUUCGGGUUUGUAGCUUUCGGCUUAGCGUUCAACGUCGUAUUUGAUGAGUCAUCACUUCCGAGCAGUACAUUGCAACAUAUCAAAGCGGAGUCUUUAUUAGAUGGUGUUUCAUUAUCAGCUGGGGGAACUUCUGUUCAGAAACUGAAAGUACUGCUUCUAUUUGGUAAGUAAUUGUGACCGUGGUUGAAUAUUUUGUAGCGAUGAGAAACUGAAAAAUAACUAAUUUAUAAUGCUGAUUUUCUUUCAAGUGGUUUGUGAAAUUGUUCCUUAUUGCAAACUAAGUUUUCUGGUAUAAAGUGAAUUUUUUGUAUAUAGACAAUAGACAUUAGUGAACUGAGAAAAUCUGUUCCAAUAAAUUAAGCCCUAAAAUUAUCCGGCUUGUGAUCAACAGCUAAGGCUAACCAAUGGCCAUUUAUCAGCCAACAAACGGGUCAAGAAUGCUCAUACGAGAAUGUAACUCACCCCAAAUGAAAUAUAAUGAUUAGUUGGUGUACACAAUUUCAAAAAAAAAAUUGAAAAUUUGGUCAGACCAAAAUAGGUAUAACUAUUUGUAAUUUUAUAAGUUCACUAAUGUCCCUCAGCCUAUUUUCUACUGCUAGGAGAUGAGUUAUAAUAUGGAGAAAUUUGAAUUCUGAUAGUGAUAGCUAUGAAUUUUGUUUCGUUAUCAUAAUGAAUUUCUUGCAAGUAUGUGAUUUUUGUGCAUCAUCAAAUUGUCAUUCAACUUACAAAUUAUAUUUAGAGAAGUUAAACGGUUGAAAUAUUUUUUGUAUUUUAGGUUGGUUUUGUAACCGGAAUCGUGUUUUAUGGUAAGCUUAAGACUUCAAGAGUCAAAAACGGUAAUCUCAAAGUUUUCAUUUUCAAACGGGGUGCAAAUAUGAAAUUUGAAAACAGUUGGAUUUUUUACUUUGGGCACACUUAAGUUUUCGGUCUAACACAUUUGACCCGAGGUGCUAAUUUGAUGUUGUUUCUCUAAUUAGGAUGCUGGAUAAAGUCUUUCUUGUAUAUUUCCCUCUGGUUUUGGUUUCGUAUGUAGUAAAUCGACCCAAAUGAAUUUCCCAAUUGUAUAAAAUGAGGACCAUGAUCAAAUCAUUUCAAAUUGUAAUUUACUAUUGUACAAACUGU